CUUCAGGCCGAACUUCUUGAAUGCUCGCCAAGCAAGAUCCACUUUCCCCAGGCAGAGCAAUGGGAAAGAGGAAUCCCUGCCUGUUGUUUCCCCUCGCCUGCCUCCAUUGUAAGAGGCGCAUUCAGCAUACGCACAACACACGCCCAGAGCAAAGACUUUUCAUUGUCUUCUGUCUGCUCCACAGGUGUUGCUGGUCUGUUCGCCAACACGUCGCUCUCUCUCGCCACACCCUCGUAUGGCGGCUCACUGCGGCGUCAUCGCCAAUAUGUGGCCCUCAACAAACGACGUAAGCACCAUAAACCCGCACAGUGCGACACCCUCCAUUGAUCCUUUUCUGCAGGUGGCCGCUUUGUCGUAUUGUCUCGUCGUCUUCCGCCGUCUGCGCAUCGAUAUGUUGGGCGCAGUCACUCGAGGGGCUGUGUCUGGCCACUACGCUGGGGUACAUUAAAGCGCGGUGCACAUGUGUUAACCAAGAGGCAGCACUGCGCAACGGAGGAAGGGUGCCAAGAUGUCUGGAACCCAGGUUUGUGAAGGCACGUGUUUCUGCGUCCAUGUCUGCCUGUCCGUCAUGAUCAUGAUGUCAUCAGAUUUCGAGCUUGAAAGCGGUGACGUGGACAUGAAUGGGGUCAGGUGUGAACACUAUCACUAUGGCACGCUGCCAAUAUCAGCAGACGCUGAAGACAAGAUAAAACCCCAGCUGCACAUCGGUGAAUUGAGCAUUCUGUCGCUGAUUCUAAAGACGGCAGGGCAAAUAUAUGACGGGUUCAGACUCCUUUUACCCGCUGGAGCCCAACCAUCCCUGCGGCAUGGUGCCCCGGAGACCCGGCCAUUAUUGCUGGUGCAAUGAGGCAGGGAUAUGCUCGCAGGGGCUACCUCGCAAGCCAGGUGAGGUCCUCUUCAUUUGUCACACAGACACAUAUCACGUCUCUCCCCCUGUUUGUGGGUAUGCGGCCGAGCUGGCGGGCAGGCCCAGGUUAAAGAGCGACGUUGUUCCUCCUGACUUCUUCCCUCCGCUGCGGUCGCCGGUCACGUCUCUGAAAGCAGAGUGGCCUCCACCGCCAAGUGAGUGAAGUACUCAGACCCAAAUACAGUGAGUGAAGUACUCAGACCCAAAUACACACACGGAUUGCUCGUAUGUCUGUGUUCAGAUUUUCCUAGCCAUGACGUCUUCAUCCUCCGGGAAGGGCCGUCGUGCACCAAUGAUGUGGCAUGCCGGGCCACGACCAGCGGGGGCCUCUCGGGUGGCCGUGGAGCGAUGGGCAAGUGCUGCUGCUACUUUGACAACAAGGUCAUGUGUCAGGACACGCAGAAGGGGGGCGAAGAGCAAGCGGAGACGAGAGGCGGUUUUGGCUUCACGAUAUCCCGCGAUCGCCCGCGGAUCUUCUGUCAGUGAGACACCAUUCUGCCUUUGUCAUGAGCCGACACAUAUAUGCGUUUGUCCGUUGUUGCCGUUGCAGGCCGGUGGAACGGUGUCUGCAUCAAUCGCGACACUGCCUCAUUCCCUCUCUGGUUCAUUAAGCAGACCGCCUUGGGCCAUUGGACAUGGGCGGAAUAUGGUAGGCAGGCAACCCAGCACACAGGGAGGGAGAAGAUCAAUCACUUGUCCUGUUGCCUCCGCGUGUCAGAGGUGUUGCGAAAAUCUGCUGAGAUGCUCAUUCUCUUCCAGACCUUCCUGUUCCUUGAAUAUAUCGUUUUCAACCCCCAAUUCAGUCAGUCAGUGCACGGCACGAGCAUCCAUCCUAUCGAUGAGUGUGUGCCUUGUGUGUCUCUUGUCACUGUCUGUCUCACUCAGGCGCGGUGGAUCCUCAGAAGGCUAUUGAGCUGUUCAUAUCUGAGAAACUCAUGCCCUACUUCGCUUUACAAUUCCCACCGCCCGAUGCGAAACACAAGGUAGGGAACUCGCACGAACUGCCGGCAACAGGCCAAUCCAGAAACCGACCAGAGAGGUCUUGGCGUGCCUGUAGGAGCGGGAGAAUUUCAAACAGCGAUUUGGCGAGCUGACCGACCGGGUUCGAUUCUGGUGGCAGAACACACUCGGUACAGUUCAAAUGACGAGGGAAUAGUGGAUGGGUGUGAGAAUGAGUGAGUAUCUUCCAUACAUCCAUCAGUUGAGGAGGACGCGUCAUGCCAUGAGGACCGGUGUCGCAUGACGCUUGCAGACCGGCGGCCAUGGGAGGUCGUGGGGUCGUACCUUAAGACAUCCACUAUCAGAAAAUGGCUUUUCGGUCAGAUCAGACAACAGACAGCAGAAAACGUGCGCACACGGUCACCUGCCUAUGUACUUGUGUUCUCAUCGGCAGAGCUGCUCUAUUACCUUAAGCCGACGGCACCAACGGAUGAAAGGCAGCUGCAAAAACUGAAAAGUAGGAAGCUAUUGCAUCUGUGCCUGCCAUGCCGAUGCGGUGCUGUACUGUCUGUGUCAUGUCGCAUACAUGUGUGUAGACAAAGGCAUCGAGCUGAGGUAGGACAGGGAGACAACAGAGACAGAGAGUCACAUCCUCACACGGGUGUCUCCAAGCAGAGCGUUCAAGGAUGCUCUCAUCCUGGUUGAUUGGUGGCUUUCGCCAAACUGCGAAAUCCUGCUGGUGCCGGAAGAUGUGAGAAAGCGUACAAAAUACCCAAGUCUUCCUUCUAUAUGCAGUCCUUUCUCUGAUGCAUGCAGGAUUUGUCCGAGACACAUCUUAGAAAGAUAAAAGAGUACAGGCGAAUUCGCUUGUUAGGACCCGAUCGCAGCUCCUCGUCGUGGAGGGAGACGUCACCUCUCAGACGUGUGCUGAGGCUUAUAUCAAGUAGGCAAAACAGCAACACACGUGUACGACCACACACUGCAUGCCGAUGAAUCUCUUUACUGGGGCAGAGGCCGAAGGCGAGGAGCCUACAGACACGAAGAGCCUGAACGAGUUCAAUCACAUGUCUCAGCUAGCGGUGCUCGACAAAAGGACGUUCGUGAAGCUAAACCUCUACGACGGAAUAGAGGAUGCGGGAGAGAAGGAAUCAGACACAGGACCUCUGCAGAGCCAGGAAACGAGACCAUUCGGUAAGUAAACACGCAAGCACCAAAUCCCCAUACACAUACACACGCACCAUUGCUGCCAUGCCAUUUGUCGCAUGGAUGCAGAUAUUUCUCACUUCUAUCGUUUUGUCGCAAACAUGCUGCUCGACCCUUGCAAAGACACAAGCAAGGCGCUGAAAGAGCCCCGUCAAGGUGUGUGCGGCACCAUGUCUGCCGAUGCCGUCAUCGAUAGCUAUUUCGCCCUGAGAAGCAACAGCCCGAAGACUGCUGACGAGGCCGCGGGACUCAAAGAUGUCGUGGAACAGCUAUGUCAGCUUGAGUCGGCGUUGCGAAAGGACUUCUCCGAGCUGAGCGAAUACGACGGCACGGGUGAGUGACGCUGGCUGCGCGACAAACACCACUCAUGGAACAAUUGAUCAGGCCGCGAUGCAUUCCGGUGCAAGGUGUUCAGACUCCUGUGGGCCCGAAGUGAGCGUUCGGCACAUAGACAGACAAAUGCUAUCUUCCUGUGUAUGCAGGGUUUGUCUUCGUGCUGAGCGAUACAUUGCUGACACAAGAAGGCAAGCGCGGCCGAUCUGACCUGACUCACAGCUACAGUGCACACAUUCUUAUCGUGUCUCCAGGCAAGAUGACCUUCGAUGAGUUCCGAAGACGCCUGAACCUUCUGUUCAUCUGGCGAGAGGAGACGCUCACGCACCUCGGCGACUACACCGCUAUUAUCAAGCUAUGGCGGCCCGUCGACAGUGGACACAUGCAGCCUCUCCGCCCACAGGAAAUGGGCGCCCUGCCUCUCUGGUGGACGCUGAUACUCGAGCUGGCGUGGCUGGUGGAACGCUGGCUGAUGGAGUGCGAGGCCGAUGGCGUCUUCAGCUGGCUUGGGUGGGCUGGGGGCGAUGCUCCUGAUGUGCACAUUGAGAGAAAGCGGACGCUCUUCCGUCAGCUGGUUGGAGGUGAUGGUGGGGAGAUCACUCUGGAGCAGUUCCGACGCAUUGAUGAGUGGUCGUUCUAUGGUAUGAUGCGUGUGUGUACCGGAAGGAAUGAAGCACCACGAGUGCUGAUGUCUCUGUCGUUGCCUUUAUGCAGAUGAGCUCUAUAAGAUCACGACCGAUGGCAGGCAACAAGGAGAGUCCGUCCGGAGGUCCCUCCUUGAGAGAUUCUGCUUUGAGCUGAUCCUUGUUGUUGAGCUUUUCGCCCUCCGCCUUAGACCUGGUAUUCAUCCACACCGAGGCACAAGAGGCACACACAUACAGCAUCAGCAGUGUCGCCCUUGCAGACCUGAAAAGCGUCAUUGGUGAUCAAAAACAGUGGCAGUGGCUGCACGACAUCACCGGCUGGAUCCUUUCGCCCGUGCCUGCCAACUUCCCCCGACUGGAGAAUGUGCAGAACGCCCUGGACACAAAGCGAGUCUACCUCCACUCCAUAUCGCUUUACGGCCAUCAUCUGAUGGAGGGAUACGACAGGUGGCGCGAGAAAGAAGUGGCGGGGGCCUUCGCUGCGGAGGAAGGGGAGCGCUUCAAAGUGGCCGUGGCAGAGGAGAGCGGUGGUGUGGAUGUGUCGUCGAUCGUCAGGAUGAUCGUGAAUAAGAUGAAAGGUGGGCACGACGUGAGAGAGACGUGUCCGUGCUUGGAUGGGUGUGACUGUGUAUUUUCCGUAGACUUGAUAUUUUGGUACUGGGGCCACUUGCUCGAGUCCACAGGCACAUUCGUCGAAAUGAGAGGUGGAAAGAUGCUGGGCAGCUAGCUCAUGUGCCGAUCUCAACUCGCCCCAAUGUCUGUGUACAGUGCUGCUGUAUCGCCUCUUUACAUUGAGCCUCCUGUGGAUGAAGCAGGCCUUUGCCGCUUACUAUUCUGACGCCACCAUACACACCCUGACCACGAUCAUCACACAGGAGGGAUUCGCCGUGUGCGACGCGUGCAAAGAGCUGAAGCCAGCAUUUAGGAGCGAUCCUGAUAAGGCAUGAAAACACGCACAGACCUGCCUACGUGUUCUUGAUUCACGUGGGUACGUAUGUGUGCCAUGCAGGUGGCCUUCUGUGAUGAAUUCCCGAAAUGCAGCGACACGACGCCAUCAAGCCCGGAGACACAACAAGGUAGACGCGCUCACACAGACGCACACUCAGAAUUUGCAUGUAGGCAAGUAUCUGUGUGUGUAGAUGACAGUGAGCAGGAGGAGAUCGAGCAGUCUGAGACCGACAGAAACUACGAGAGAGUGGCUACACUUGUUCUCAGAAGAAUACAGCACCUGUCGGUGCAGAUCGUCUUCGACUAUGAAAGUGGUAUGGACUUUGUGGCAGCCAUACUCUCGCCCCAUGCACAAAUCUGUGUGUUCCUGUCUCUUUGCUGUGUGCAGUGGUCAGCGGUUGGGCGUCAUUCAAGCAGAGGUACUCGGAGGCCGCCGAGCAGUUCUACACGCAAUAUCAGCUCAUCACCACAAACGCCGUCUCCUUCCCCGGCAUGGAGCAGCUCGGCAGACAGUACGCCGAGUGGGAGGCUUGGGUGAGACACAUCCUGGACUUCCUCGAAAGAGGUAAGUGACGAACCACUGGUGAGACAUCCACACAUGUGUGUCUGUGUGGUAUGUGAUGAAUGCCGGCAGACGAAUUGGUCAACCGCUUUCACGAGGAGUUUCGACGAGAGAUUGUCGGUGAGUCAGAAAUGAAGACAGCCUUUUGGUGUUUGAGGGUGAUGUCUCAUCUGGUGCGACACAGAGAUUAUAUUCCACCAGAUGUUCGACCGGUCCUUCCACGCCCACACUGCCGACCAGUGCGAGGCACAGCCCGAACAUAUCACCACAGGCAAGUGGCCAGCCAGCAAUAACCGAACGGACACAUGGCGUGUUUUCCCACAGGGGACGAACAGCUGGUGGCUGGGGGGAGGCUGCCCCUGUAUCUGUUCAUAUCGGGUUUUGAGUACCUCGUCGGCGUCACAGAGACACUCUCAUUCAGGCAAGACCUCAUGGACAUCCUCACUAUGCAUCGUAGCGCUGACAAGUGUGAGCGGAUCAGGCUGCUCUUCUCGCAGCUGGCCCAGGGGCAAAGUGAGGAGACACACACACAUAACGAAUGCGCCGUUCAUGGAUUCAUCCGUGUGUAUGUGUGUGUGCAGGCUACAUAACGCUGGAUGAGUUCAUUUUACUCUUUAUGCGGCAGAACACGUUCGAUAGCACGAUCCUCGAGCCACCCCCAGAGCUACCUCUCCCCCCGCUGCCCGUCGCAGAACCACCGCGAAACGUCAGUGUCAAUUUGCCAAAGGCCCCGACAGAAGAGCUAUCGCCUCCGUCUGUGGAUGAAGCCACUGUGCCGAGGGGCGGAGUGCUGACUCCCCCAGAACCGAAACCAAAGACGCCGAGUGAGGAGCAGCCGCCCACAGAUGUCAGCGUCCAUGUGACCAAGGCCCCGACAGAUGAGCUUGUCACGUCGCCUCCCUCUGUGGGCGGUGGAGCCACUGUGCCGAGUGGUCCUGUUCUGACUCCCCCUCAACCCAAGCCAGAAACGGCUGGAACGCCCGACCCAACAAAACAGCCUCCACGCAAGCCCAAGAGACGAAAGCAACCGCCCCGUGUGCCUGUUGGUGUUCUCCCGCCCCCAUCUGUGUCGGACCUCGGUGGCCCGUACAGCGAUGGCUUCUCCGGCCCCCAUCAUCCGAGGAGAAGAUUAGGUAGUGGCACCUAUGUGAGACAUGAUUAUGUGUUUGGUUUUGGGCCGUCGGUUGCGAGAGACGCUGGCAGGGCGCUGUACCCUUAUGGCGGUGUGUCUGUGUCUGAGGGAGGGAUGGUUGGGUGUCCGGAAGAUGAAGAUCGUGUCAUGAAUGUGACGUCAGGUGCUAGUGGCUGUGCGAAUGGCAAUGGGACGGAUGGUGAUAGAGAGAGAUAUUGACCGACUGCUGAUUUAUCGAUUCAGAAUUGAUAGAUAAUGUGUCACAGAGUGGAACAGUCUUUGCUCUGACGGAACAGACAGGUGUCGUGUAUCUUGCGGAACGAUAGAAGGCACGGCCAACGAAAUAAAAUACAGGCAGCGA